CCGUAAGUACUUGCUUGGAACCACAAAGCUAUUUCACCUCGACGUUCAUGGAAUUCAUAGACUUAUCCAACCUACCCAGCUCAGAUGAUGAAGGGGGCGCAGUAUCGCACGAAGAGCUCAAAAACGCGGUCGACAGCAUGACCGAAGCGCGUCUUCGGGAGAUAGUAAUGAGACUGGCCGAUAAGAUACCGGCGCUUAGAAGUGCGCUGAUGAAGGAAGCUGUGGUGGUCAGCGGCAAAAAGAGAAAGGCUGUUCCGAGAUGGAAUGUAUGCGCUAAUUGCGAGGAAGAAUACGACGUGAGUGAUGAACGUGAUGACGAGGAGUGCCGCUAUCAUUCAGGUAAUCUAGAAGUCGAUGAGGAUUUUUUCGCAGACCAUGACGAACGAUGUCAUGGUCCCAUGGACACGGAGGAAAACAGAGCGUCAUUUCCUGAGGGAUUUAUCUGGGAUUGUUGUGAUGAGGACACGGUGUCUGAAGGAUGCGAGACUGGACAGCAUGUUCCUGGAGGAAAGUUCAAGAAAAGACGUUGACUAGAACUUUAGUAGGCAGUGACGCUUGCCGCCGCCCUGCAGGCGGCCCUCUCGUUUGUGUAUUGAAUCAAGA